UGAGGGUACAUGCUGUAUGCUGUAGCUUACUUAUAUGGUUUGGACGAUCCUUAUCCCAUGUGUUAGCUUUUGCUGUUGAGUUAGGCCAUUUCAUUUUGUUAACAAGUUGUAUCAAUGUAAUGGUCUCCUAAGUUAGGUGGGAUCUUGCUCAAAAGGAACAAAAGAGAAAAAGGAAAAAGAAACCACAUAUCAGUGUUGCAAAAAGUCCAUUUGAGGGGCAAUUAAACACUGAAGCUAGCUGCAGCGCAAGUUGGUGUCAACAUGUCGUCUUGCUUAGGCAGUAUUCUGUGCAGACAAAGCAAAAAGCAACAGCAGCAGCAGAAAAGGAGCCAAAGUUACAAUGCCAGAGUUAAGCGAAGAAUAUGCCAAAUCGCUGCUAUUUUGAGGUAUUUUCCAGAAACUCACUUUGCAGAAGAAUUUUGUUUCUUGGUUUCAAGAAAUAAUUCCACCUAUAUCCGUUUACCCUGUCAAAACGGGGAAAAGAUUUGCAAGAUAAACAAGAAGCUUCACCUGGUGCAGUAUACGUCGUAUAUGCUAUGCUCUCACCUGGUGCAGAAACUUCAUCAGUUUUGAGAUUGACUUCUGCAGUAGCUGAUAAUAUUAGAAAAUGAUGCCAUAUUGAAACUACAAGAGGGAAAAAGGUAAUCGGUUUUGCUCUUCAUGGUUGUGUUUAUGUUAGAAUAGUAUGUGUGUUCCAGUAAACACCAAGGUAUAAACCCCCAUUACCACUAAAUGUUUUUUUUUUUUUUUUUUUUAAAUUGAAUAAAGAAUUCAAGCAGUUGUUAUCAUUUCAGGGUCAAUCAAGAGAAAUGGAGGAAGUUGACAAACAAUGAUGAUGUUAGAGUUGAAAUUUAACACAUUUUUCGAUCGUUGAAACAUAA